AUGGCGGUUCAAACGCCUGCGAAACCAUCAAUUGCAGCAAAUGGCGCCAGCAAUCACGAUGGACUUCCUUCCUUGACCUUUAGUGUCGUCACCAAGGAGGUCGAGAAGCAAGAUGCAAUGAGACUAGUCGCCGACAGUAUUGCACAGCAGCGACAAACUGCUUCCUUCUCCGUCAUCGUUCAUCCGGCAUGUUUCGUGGGCUUGGUGGCAGCUUGCACCGCCAUUUACCGGCAAAAUGCGCACCGCGACUUCGGAACUGCGCUCGUCAUGGUUUGCGGGCUUGUAAUUGCCUACCUGGCGGGCGUACGGCUCCUGACGGCAAAUUAUAUUCGAAUCGCCGAGAGCUUGAAGUGGAAAGAAUGGAUCACCAGUCCGGAAGGCAAGGAGGACUACGUUCUUGCUGCACGGUAUGGCGACGAACUUAUUGCGACUACCGUCUUACGGCUGGUGGCCCCAGCUGGAUCAACCAAGAAGACGAGAUUAUCCUCGGUCAAGGGUGGCAGCGGAGUUAUCCGUGCCUGGACUACCAAGUACAGAUAUCGCAACAAGGGCAUUGGAGGGGACAUGCUGCGCCUUGCUGUCUUGACGACCCGAAGCAAAUGCGGCGACAAUGCACAAGUGACAUUUGACCCAGACCACGCGAACAGCGCCCGUCCCCUUCAUGACAUGUUCAACCGACCCUUCAUCAAGCGGGAGGAGAGAGCAAAGAAGGCGUUGGCUCAUGCACUAGAAGCCUGCGAUCGGGGAGAGAGCAGUUUCCAGAUGGAGUAA